ACCUGGUGACGCAGCUUGGGCCAGAAUCAGUCGUUGAACCAAACGCGGUUCUGCUCCUCGCCUUCCAGCGUUCGGACCACGUCGUGUCAGACCGUUCACUCAUUCUUCAUCUAAGUACGCCCCUUUGACCCUGAAAUCCCUCAUCAUGUCUAAAGGUACUGUGGUUCUGGCCUACAGCGGUGGGCUGGACACGUCCUGCAUUCUGGUGUGGCUCAAGGAGCAGGGCUAUGAUGUCAUCACAUAUUUGGCUAAUAUUGGACAAGAUGAAGAUUUUGAAGCUGCGCGAAAGAAAGCAGAAAGCCUCGGCGCAAAGAAGGUUUUCAUUGAGGACCUGCGCAGGGACUUUGUGGAGGACUUCAUCUGGCCGUCGGUUCAGGCCAACGCUGUGUAUGAGGACCGGUACCUCCUGGGCACGGCCAUAGCAAGGCCCUGCAUCGCCCGUCGUCAGGUCGAGAUCGCACGCAAGGAGGGGGCUCAGUUUGUGUCCCAUGGGGCCACCGGCAAGGGAAAUGACCAGAUACGCUUUGAGCUUACAUGCUACGCGCUGUACCCAGAGGUCAAGAUCAUUGCACCGUGGAGGAUCCCUGAGUUUUACAAUCGCUUCAGGGGGAGAACGGACCUGAUGGAGUACGCACAGAAACAUGGCAUCCCAGUGCCGGUGACCCCUCGGGCCCCCUGGAGCAUGGAUGCCAAUCUCAUGCAUAUCAGCUAUGAAUCAGGCAUUUUGGAGAAUCCCAAGAGCCAUGCUCCAGCUGACCUCUACCUGAUGACCAAAAACCCAGAGGAUUCUCCAACUGCCCCAGAUGUUCUGGAGAUCGAGUUUAAAAAUGGAGUUCCUGUCAGGGUGAUGCAUGUGAAGGAAGGAAAAUCCAAAGAAACACCGCUGGAUAUUUUCUCAUAUCUCAAUGAAAUAGGAGGAAAACACGGAGUGGGCCGCAUUGACAUCGUAGAGAAUCGUUUCAUCGGCAUGAAGUCUCGAGGGAUAUAUGAAACUCCUGGAGGCACAAUCUUGCUUAAAGCCCAUCUGGACAUCGAGACGUUUACCAUGGACAAGGAGGUCCGACGGAUCAAACAGGGACUUGGCGUCAAGUUCUCAGAACUUGUCUACAAUGGCUUCUGGUACAGUCCAGAAUGUGACUUUGUGCGACACUGCAUAGCCAAGUCUCAGGAAAACGUCGAGGGCAAGGUCCAGCUGUCUGUCUUCAAGGGUCAGGUUUACGUCCUGGGACGAGAGUCGCCAAAGUCGCUGUACAACGAGGAGUUAGUCAGCAUGGAUGUACAAGGAGACUACGACCCUUGUGACGCCUCCGGAUUCAUAAGGAUUAAUGCUGUCAGGCUAAGAGAGCAUCAUCGUUUGCAGGGUUUCUCUGGCAACAAACAGUAACUGUUGCCGUCUUGUGAACCAUCUUCCUUUCUUCUUCCAUGUUGCCAUUGUGUCUUAAACUCUUAAUAGGUUUAGACUUUGUUCCUCCAUUGUCGACCUCUUGCCUUAUUAUCUUGUGUAGUUGUGUCACCCUGUAAGCACAGUAACCUCUUAUUGUCGAAACUGUUUCUCAGGUGGUCAAGUGUUUAGAAAAACUUGUCUGUAUUAGAUCAAAAUAUAUUCUAAUGCGUACUAAUCAUGACGUUUGAAACAAUUCUUAGUAUUUUAGCUACCGAGUUUGUUUCCUUCUUCUUAACACUAAUAAUAAUAAAUGCAUUUCUGGUCAGAGGUAUAGAUUUCUAACCAUUAGCAUAACUAUCAAAACAGUUUUGUUAAAUUGAGCUAUUCUGUGAAGUAAUAAUAAAAUAUAUAACUUUAAUCAUUUGAGCAGCAAGAUUUGGGUGUUCAAGUUUGAAUUUGUUGUUUUUCUGCAUUCAAUUAGAUUCACCUAAAAAAAAUUUUGUCGCCUACAUAGUCGCAGGCAAACAAUGUAAUUUUUUAUCACUCUUCUUGUCAAAAAUACUGAAACUCGUUUAACUUUCUUGGUUUUCUGGCAAAUGCUAUAUUAGUCUACUUUAUCCAUUAUAAACAAUGAUUUGUGUUGUA